AUGCGCUUCAAAGCGCAGAUACAGAACAUCUCCACCUUCACAAAGCUCACCGCCUCUCUCAACUCGCUCGGUCCGCUUGCAUGGGUGAAGCUCAGCGAGGAGCAAGUAUGCUUCACCAUCAUCCCCGAGCAGGGCACUCAGGUCUGGGCUGUUCUAUCCAUUGACGCCAUCUUCGAGACGAUAUCUGUGCAGUCUGCUGCCAACAAUGUUAUCAACCUCGAAGUACCCCUCAUCUCGCUCAAUCGAGCCCUCAAAUCUGCCUUGAACGCAACAUCCGCCCAGAUACGCCUUACGAAGAAGGACAACAUGCCUAUGCUGGCCCUCACUAUUGUCACCACCACAUCCUCGAACUCGUACAGUGCCUUCCCCACUGCCGGCUCCAACAACGAAGAUGGAUUCGAUGCACCUUUCGACAAUGCAUUUGGGGGUAAUCGCGAGACCGUUGUUACGCAAGAGAUUCCUGUACGGGUGCUUGCCCCAGAUACAGUAGCUAGCCUGCACGAGCCGCAGACUCGCGAGCCAGAUGUACACAUCAUCCUGCCGCCUCUCAUGCAGCUCAAGAGCAUCAGCGACAGGUUCACAAAGCUAGCGCUUGCGGAUACAAAGUCAGGAUCGGGCUCAGCAACAUCCCGGACGCGGCUUGAGCUCGCUGCGAACAUGCACGGCUGCCUUAAGAUGAGCAUCAAGACAGACGCUAUGAGUAUAUCUUCCGUCUGGACGGAUCUUAGCAACCCGGAAUUGGACCCUGCGCAGAUAGCAGGAGGCGAGAAUGGGCUUGCUGUCCACCCGAGUACACGCAUGAAGCAGCUGGGCUCGGCAGACGGACGCAGCGAAGAGGGAUGGGCGACAGUGCGGAUUGACGGCCGUGACUGGGGUAAAGUGAUGAGCGUGGGGAGACUUGGUGGAAGAGUUAUUGCCUGCUUCUGCCACGAGCACGCUCUAAUCCUUUAUGUCUACCUGCCGAACGACAAUGGUGAAGACGAGUCUGUUCUGACAUACUAUGUCAGUUCAUACAGCGCAUGA